ACUGCUGUGUCGCUCUCGUGCGAACGCUACAUGCGAGCUUCAUCUGCUUUUGCUGCUGCUGCUGCUUGUUCGUUUCGCCUCUGCUCCCGCUCGCUCGUCCCCUGCGCUGCAGAAGCGGCGUGUAGUGCUGUACGUACGAACCGAACCGAACCUGGCCCGUUAUCCCAUGGCAGAUCACCCCGCCCCACCUACCUCAUCUCCCCUCGACCACACUUUACCCGCGUUUCGUGCCUAGCGCGUGGAUGUCCAGCUAAGCUCGCGCGCGUCUCGAUCUAGUUAUCAGUAACACCGUGAUCCUCGUUAUGGAUUUCUUCGGCGCGACUAUACGUCAUCCAUUAGCACCGCCUACCGCCAGCCAAUCCCUCCCACCAGGCACCACUCUCUCUCGUCCCGAUGCCUUCCCGCUAACCGCACCGUCAUGGCUCGAACAACCCCUUCAGCAGCAGCAGCAGCAGCUGCAGUCGCAGCUUCAGGAACAGGCGCUGCUGUCGCAAUUAGGUCACGACCAGGCGUUGCAACUAGCUCAGUUGCAUCAGAUCCAGUCGCGCUCCUUGGCCUCUUCCUUAGUCGCAUCCGCUCCGCAGAAUUUCCUCCGCGACUUGCAGCUGCAGCGGCAAAUAGAUGAAGAAUCGCGCAUCUUGGCGCUUCAGCAUCAGCAGCAGCAGCAGCAUCAGCAACAGCAGCAGCAGCAGCAGCAGCAUAACAUGGCUCUGUUGCAGAUGCUGAUGGAACGACAGCAGCAACAGCAACAGCAACAGCAACAGCAGCAGCAGCAACAGCAGCAGCAGCAGCAGCAGCUAGCCGCGGCGUCUCAGUUUCAGGAUUCGCUUCUUCACCAGCACCAGCACCAGCAGCAGCAGCAGCAGCUGGAGCUGCUGCGUCAGUCGCAGCACCCGCUAGGAUCAACAACGUCAGCAGCGGCGUCGGCAGCUUUAGCCACAGCAGCCUCCGCAGCGAUGCAGCUCGGCCAGGAGGCCAGCACCGGCGGGCUCCUGGCGGCUGCGGCUGCUGCGGCUACUGCUGCUUCGGCAGCCGACGGCAUGUGGAGCGCGCAGAACGCGCUGAACCAGCCGCCGAAGCAGGGGGUGCUGGAUUCAGCGCGCCAGCAGCAGCAGCAGCAGCAGCAGCCAGAGCAUUCGCAGGCUCAGCAGCAGCAGCGGGCUGCAUCGCCCUUGCGGCAUCUAAAGCAGGAGACGCACUCACUCGGAGCGAAGCAACGCCAUCGGCAGCAUCAGCAGCAGCAGCAGCAGCAGAAAGCGAAGGCGCAUCACCUCCAGCAGCAGCCAGUGCAACAACAUGAGAAGCAGCUAUCCCUCCCGGGAAAUUCCGUCCCACGAUCCCCACACCUCCAGCCGCCCUCCCCCCCAGCGACCAGCAGCUCCGUUGCCUUGACUCGGACAGACGGUUUGACACCAACAGAAGGGACAACCGCAGCAGCAACCCCGCCACUACCACCAGCAGCUGCAACAUCAGCACCAGCACGAGGGGCAGCAGGGCCGAUCCCAGCAGCAGCAGCAGCAGCAGGAGACGCGGAUUUUCUGGAGAUCCCUGCUUUUCCGGGGCAGCCAAGCGGCGACCUGUUUAUCAGCGGAGGGCCGACGAGUUCCGCCCUCAUGGGGUGCCCCGACUCCCCCAACUUCGUCUCGCUGCUCUCCAUGUUCUCCACGCCCCACCCCCUCACCUGCUCCGCCUCCCUCGCGGACGGCCACGAGGCGUACGAGCAGCAGGAGGAUUCCAAGUCCGGGGUGCUGGGCAGGGGCGCGGGCGGGGGAUGGGGCGGUGGAAGGGGGGCGGGCGGGAGGGGAGGCGCGGGGCCGCUGAUGUGCGCGCCGCCGAGGAAUGUGCUGCAGGUGGCGGGGGGUGCGGGCGCGGAGAGGGUUCCGGGGCUGAAGGCGCGGAUAGACAAAGCGCUCAGGAGCAUCUGCCAGACCCGGGGCGAUCUGUUAGCACAGGUGUGGUUCCCCACGUGGCACGAGGGGCAGCGCGUGCUGAGCACGCGCGACCAGCCGUUUGUGCUGAUGGAAGGCAGUGAGAAGCUUCGCGUCUACCGCACCAUCUCCACCAACUACACCUUCCCUUUGUCACGCCAGGGUGGUUAUCUCGGGUUACCAGGGCGAGUGUUCGUGUCCGGGAGACCGGAGUGGACGCCCAACGUGCAGUACUACUCCAGGGACGAGUACCUGAGAGUCGCCCACGCCACCCGCUGCAACGUCAGGGGGGCGCUUGCUGUGCCUAUCUUUAGAGUGAUGGUGGUGAGAGGAGGUGGGGAGCGGAGAGGGAGGAGGCGGCAGGAGCUGGUGGCGGUGGUGGAGAUGGUGAUGAUGGGCGAGGACGUGCGCUUCGGGCCUCAGAUUGAUGCUGUGUGCAAUGCGCUACAGACUGUGGACCUCACCAGCAUUCGUGCGUGGGACCAUCUGCCAGCAGAGAUGCCCUUCCCCGGCCGGGGGGCAGUAUUAACGGAGAUCCACGAGGUGCUCUCCUCCCUCUGCGACCAGCACUCGCUGCCUCUCGCCCAGACCUGGAUCCCCUCCUCCUGGGUGCGCCUCAUCGACCCUACUGCCGAACCUGCCACCGAAGCUGGCCGUUCCGGACCUGCGGCUCAGGGCCAGGCUCGGGUGUGCCCCGGGCCGGUAGGGGCGAGCAUGCGGAGCAGUGCAGGCGUGGGGUUCAGCAUGAGGCGAGAGGGGGCGGGGCGGGGGAAGGAAUCAGUAGACGUGGCAACCGUACAGGAGGAUGUGUUUGAGGUGCUUCCCAUGGGGGGUGGAGGAGAGGGAGGAGGAGGAGGAGGAGGAGGAGGAGGAGGAGGAGGAGGAGGAGGGAGUGGAGGAGGGGGAGGAGGUGGGGGAGGAGGUGGAGGAGAGGGAGGGGAGGAAGGGGAGGAGGAGGAGGCAGUGACGCUGUUCACAGCGGACAUGCCGAGCUGCGUGGCGGACCUGCGCAUGUGGGGCUUCCGCCAGGCCUGCUGCGAGCACCAGCUGCAAUCCGCCCAGGGCUGCCCGGGCCGAGCCAUGGCGUCCAACGCCCCGGCCUUCUGCGACGACCUGCAGCAGCUGACGAAAGAGCAGUACCCCCUGGUGCACUAUGCCCGCAUGUUUGGCCUGCGCGCCGCCGUUGCGAUCCGGCUCCGAUCGGUUUUGAGCAAAGAUAUGGACUAUGUGCUCGAGUUUUUUCUGCCGCCGGGGUGCAGGGAGAAGGAGGCGCAGCAGCAGCUGCUGACGCGGCUGAGCCAGAGCAUGCAGGAGGCUUGUAGGAGCCUGAGGACCGUGACUGUGGAAGAGAUGUCCGGGAGUAGGUCCGGAAGGAGCGGCAGCAGCCGAGACACGGUGUCAGGCUCGGGAACCGGAGGUUCGGGAGCGGGAGUUUCGGCGAUGGGAGGCUCGGUGAUGGGUGGGGGUUUGGGCGAGAAAGGUGCAGGGGAGACUGGAGCAGGUGAGACUGGAGCAGGUGAGACUGGAGCAGGUGAGACUGGAGUGGGUGAGAGCAGUCCCUUUGAGGCAGCAGCCAUGGCUGAGCUAUGUGAAGAUUCCACGGUCCUGCCACUGGCUCACAGUGCGGCACUUGGCAAUGGCACUGCUGACGUGGCGCUUGGUAAUGGCGCUGCUGACGUGGCAUUUCAAAUGGGAAUUGGCCCUGCGGCGCUGGGAGGAGCAGGAGUGGCGGUGGGGCUUGGAGGGAGUGGGUUGGGGUGCGGAGAAGGGGGGCAGCAUGGUGGGGGCAUGGGGAAUGGUGGGGGCAUGGGGAAUGGUGGGUGCAUGGGGAAUGGUGGGGGCGAUUUGAGUAAUGGUGGUGGGGCCAUGCCUGACGGUGGUGGAGGUAUGGGAGGUGCAUGGGUUGAGGGUGCUUUCUCCGGCCAACAGCAGCAGCAGCAGCAGCAGCAGCAGCAGCAGGGGCUUGUAGGAGUGGGCAUGGGGACGGGCAUGGGAGGUCAAGACAGCAUCAACAUCAAUGCAGGUGGGAUGGGCACAAGCAUUGGCAUGCAGGGCAUGGCCGCCCUACCUGAAGACGCUUUCUCAGGUGAAAGCUCAGGUCCUGUAGGUGCCAUGAACCCUGGAGGUGCCAUGUCUUCCCCCCCUGCCGACCCUGGGUUGGGCGGCACGGAGGAGGCUGCUGCACCUGCCACCCGUAUCCAAGCUGACCAAUCGGGUGUCCCUGCCACGUCAGACAGGAGUGGCGACAGCCUGGACGAGGGGGGAGGGGCGGUGGAGGGAACCCCAGAUGGUGCAAGCUCGGGGCAACCCUCAGGGGGCGGGGCUGCGAAGAAGGGGGAGAAGCGGAGGGGGGGUACGAACGAGAAGAGCAUCAGCCUGGGCGUGCUGCAGCAGUAUUUCGCAGGGAGUCUGAAAGACGCGGCUAAGGCGCUGGGAGUGUGCCCUACCACACUGAAAAGGAUCUGCCGGCAGCACGGCAUAGCGCGCUGGCCAUCCCGAAAGAUCAACAAGGUGUCGCGGAGCAUCCAGAAGCUGCAGGACGUGAUUGAGUCCGUGCAGGUGCCAGCUGGCGCGCUGCGAUUGGACGCCAUCACGUCUGAGCUGGCGACGGCGGCGGCAGUGAAAGCAGUCACGGGAGCACAGAUCGGCGGUUCUUCCAACUCUGCGGCUUUCUCAAACCCAGCAUUAGCGGCAGCAGCAGGGGGGGGGCAGCAAGCACCGCUCCCAGGGGGAUCUACCAUGCUGCCGGCCCCAUCCUUUGGCCUCAACUCCAUGUCCUUUCAGUCCCUCCCUUGGCCUAGCAACCGCCAUCCCUCUAUGCUAGACCCUAUGAUGGGAGGCUCGGCGCACGGACCUGGAGGUUCGGCGCACGGGCCUUUAGCUACGGGAGGUUCGGCGCACGGACCCCUGGCCAUGGCUGGAGGCUCAGCGCAUGGUCCGUUCAUGGGCGUGGGAGGUUCGGGCCACGGUGGAAUGGCGUUUGCUGGAGGUUCGGCACAUGGAGGGAUGGCGUUUGCGGGAGGCUCGGCGCAUGGAGGGAUGGCGUUUGCGGGAGGCUCGGCGCAUGGGGGGAAUGCGUUUGGGGGAGGGGGGGGGUCGACACAUGGCGCGUCGCUACUGGCUGCUGCAGCGGGAGCAGGGUCGAAUCAUGGCCCAUUCCCAGGGGGGGCUCUGCAGGGGGGCUACAUUCUCAUGGGUAACUCGGCACAUGGCCCCCAUAUGGCGCAUGUUGGGGGUUCAAUGCAUGGGGGAGGGUCAAUGCAUGGGGGAGGGUCGAUGCAUGGGGGAGUGAUGGCAGGUAUGCAUGCGGCUGCUGCUAUGGGUAUGGGUGGCAUGGGUGGUAUGGGUGGUCCAGGCGGCAUGGUAGCAGCAGGCAUGCAAGCAGGGGGGUCGCAUCAUGGGGCAUCAUUCUUUGCAGGGGGGUCGGGCCAUGGGGGGCACCAUGCGGCACACAUGAUGAUGGGAUCUGCACAUGGGGGUGCGCCAUAUGCAGGUGCGGCAGCUGCUGCUGCUGCCGCAGCUGCCGCAGGUAUGGCCGGAGGUGGUGGUGGCAGCGGAGGUUCGGGAGGAGGUUUGGGACCGAACCAGCCAGGAGUGUCGGCGCAUGGGGGAAUGGCGGGUAGCGCAGGGGGGAUGCUCCCGCCCAAUAAGACGCCGCCACCUGGCAAGCUGCCGAUACCCCGCGACCCGUCUACUUCGAACCUGAGUCUGGCGUUAAGCCUGAAGAACGGAGCGGGGACGCAGAGAGCAAGUGGGGCAGUUGCUGGGGGGGAUGACGAGGGCACGACACAUGGCACGAGCCUAUUGGCCAGUCUGCUUCGGAGGAGUGAAGAGGAUUUGGGAUUGGCUGGGGGGACUGUGAAUGGGGGAAUGGGAGCGGGGGAUGCGGGGGAAGGGAUGGGCAUGGGGGGGGGUGCGCCUGGGGGUGUUGGAGGGGAGCAAUCGUUGCAACGACAGCAGCCGCAGCACCAGCCGCAGAGUGGUGCUGCUCCUGGUGCCGCUGCUGUGGCUGCUGGGGGCAGAGGGCAGCAGAGGGAGGAGACGAGGGUGCACGGUGGCCGGUCCGCGUUUGUUGCGCUGCGCAGCUACCACCCGAUCGCAGGGGAGCACUCAAACGACCAGCACCACCAGGGGCAGCAGCAGGGGCACCCAGCAGGCAGCAGGGACGGGCGCUCGGGUGCGGGUGAGGGGCAGCAGGGCGCGGCAGGAGGCAUAGGAGGUCGGCUGCGUGGAGGGGCUCCCUGUGCUGCUGACAUGGCUGCUAUCGGCCAGCCGAAUGCAGCAGCAGCAGGAGCAGCAGGAGGUCACGGUGGGGUAGAGGCUAGAGGGGCCGCUGGGGCUGCUGGUGCGGGGGCUGGUGCUCAUACUCAUGCUCCCACCACAUCGCUGCACCUAUGGGAGGCAGACCGGAAUGCAGCCUCGGCCUCCGCUGCUGCUGCAGCAGCUAGCACAGGAGCAGGAGGGGCAACAGCAGGAGGAGGAGCACUGUCGGUGGUAACAAUCAAGGCCACGUUCGGGGGGGAUACGAUCCGGUUCAGAGUGCCACUCAACUCCGCCACAUUCCAAUUGGUGCAGGAGGAGGUGGGCAGGCGGCUGCGCGUGGCCAUGGGCGCCUUUUCACUCAAGUACCUGGACGAGGACGGCGAGUGGGUGGUGCUGGCGGGCCCGCAGGACAUGGAGGAAUGCGUCCAUAUUGUCAGAGCGGCGGGUGGUAACACCAUCAAGCUUAGCAUCAAGGCGGAAGGGGCUGGAAAGGGUUGAAAGGGAGGGCAUUCUCCCUCAAGUGCCUUGAUGAGGACGGCGAGUGGGUGGUGCUGGCGGGCCCGCAGGACAUGGAGGAAUGUGUGCAUAUAGUGAGGGCGGCGGGUGGUAACACAGUAAAGCUCAACAUCAAGGCGGAACGGGCUGGAAGGGGUUGAAGGGGGCGCCUUCUCCCUCUGGUACCUUGACGAGGACGGCAAGUGGGUGGUGCUGGCGGGGAGAGGUUGAAUCAGGGGCUGUUCUCUUCUCCCUUGAGUGCCUGGGUGGGGUGAGGACCAGGGUCCUCUCUGAGAGCGGCGGGUGAUAUUACGGUACAACUCAGCUAGAGGAGAGGCGGAGCACCAAGUUCUUAAUGUAGCAUGUAACGUAGCUAAUUCUACUCAUACAUGUAACAUGACAGGCGGGCCCCUAAGACUGAGCCCCCUUCUGUCCUAAUGCGAAUUAGCUCGUACAGAAGGUGCUUAUAGAGCUAGAGAAGCUGCCAUUUUCAUGUAGAUAGGUAUUAACUACCCGAACCUGAAAACGUGUUCUGUUCUGAACCUCCUCUUGGUUCUGGCGAG